UUUGGAGCGAGAGGCGGGUCUGCGGCCGCAGUUUCUGAGCUCACGCUGGUGGCGGGAGCCGGGAGCUUGCUCGCGUAGCUGGCAGCGGCUUUUUCACGUGGUGUUCUGCCUGAGACCGAGGCAGGUGCACCACGGGCUCCCCAGCCGAGGCCUGGCUGUGGCUGGGGAGACAGUGAAAGACCCGGCUGGACAGGCCGGACCGGGCUCAGCACCGCAGGCUCAGACCCGGCCUUUAAGGGGACAGGCCUGAGAGAAGAGCCCAGAGCGGGGCUGGCGCUCAGAAAACUGCUGGGAGGCGGUGGCGCGAGGUGGGACCCAAAUGCUGGAGGAAGGAGCCCUCUUGAAGCAUCAGGGAUGUUCGGAAUGGGAGCCCGUUGGCUUCACCUCAUAUUGAGGAUGGGUUCAACCCAGUUGGAUUGUGAAAUCGUGGAGGAUACUGGAGAUUUAGAAUCAGAAGGCUAGGAUUCCUGUUUAAGCUCUGGGGUACCAGCCAGCUUUCUUAGCCUGUGUUUCUUCAUGGAGGAAAAGAGCCACCUUCUCCAGAUCCUGCCCUUCCCCAAGAGGAAGGCACAGAAGAGGAAGGAAUGGCAGGUGGUCUCCUCACAGCUGGGCCCCAACUGGGCUGUGCUCCAUGCAGGCAAAGUUUGUCUCUUCUCCACACAAAACAUCCAGGGAUCCACACCUUUCAACAGUGUGACUGUAGCUUUUACCCAGAAGGGAUGGAGGCAGUUGGCCCCUACUCCGAGGGACAGGUUCAAGAAAGGGAUGCCAGAAAAGUCCAGAAACCUGGUCCUACUGGGACUUCCAGUCUCCCAGCCUGGUAUGAACUCCCAGUUGGAACAAAGGGAAGGUUCAUGGAUGCUAGAGAGAGAAGGCCUAAGGAGUACCUGUCCAGAUUGGAAGAUUGUAUCUGAAUCACCACCUGAACAAGACAUUUCUGAAGAAUCAUUCCAAGACCCAAGUGUAGAGAUGCCCUCUGGGGAGUCAGAUCACAGGAACAGUGAACUGGGGAAGAGCUUCAAUCUGAGACCAGUUCUUUCUCCACAGCAGAGAGUUCCUACAGAAGUGAGACCCCAUAAAUGUGAAACACACACAGAGAGCUUCAGGAAGAAUUCAGAUAUAAUUAAACCUCACAGAGCGAAGCCGUACAUAUGUAAUGAAUGUGGCAAAGCCUUCAGUUACUGUUCUUCCCUUUCUCAGCACCAGAAGAGCCACACUGGGGAGAAGCCAUAUGAGUGCAAUGAAUGCAGGAAGGCCUUCAGCCAGAGCUCAUCUCUUACUCAGCACCAGAGGAUUCACACCGGAGAGAAACCUUAUAAAUGCAGUGAAUGUGGAAGAGCCUUCAGCCAGAAUGCAAACCUUACAAAACACCAGCGAACUCAUACCGGAGAAAAGCCUUACAAAUGUAGUGAGUGUGAGAAAGCCUUCAGUGACUGUUCAGCCCUUGUUCAGCAUCAGAGAAUUCACACUGGAGAGAAGCCUUAUGAAUGCAGUGACUGUGGGAAGGCCUUCCGCCACAGUGCAAAUCUUACAAACCACCAGCGGACUCAUACAGGGGAGAAGCCCUACAAGUGCAGCGAAUGUGGGAAAGCCUUCAGCUACUGUGCGGCAUUUAUUCAGCACCAGAGAAUCCAUACAGGGGAGAAACCCUACAAAUGUAAUGCAUGUGGGAAGGCCUUCAGCCAGAGUGCAAACCUCACAAACCACCAGAGGACUCACACUGGAGAGAAACCCUACAAGUGCAGUGAGUGUGGGAAGGCCUUCAGCCAAAGCACAAACCUUAUAAUCCACCAAAAGACCCACACUGGGGAGAAGCCUUAUAAAUGUAAUGAAUGUGGGAAAUUCUUCAGUGAGAGCUCAGCCCUUAUUCGACAUCAUAUAAUUCACACAGGAGAAAAACCCUAUGAGUGCAAUGAGUGUGGAAAGGCAUUUAACCAGAGCUCAUCCCUUAGUCAGCAUCAGAAAAUUCACACUGGUGUGAAACCUUAUGAAUGUAGUGAGUGUGGGAAGGCCUUCAGGUGUAGUUCAGCUUUCGUUAGACAUCAGAGACUCCAUGCUGGAGAGUAACUGGGAACAUAACCAAAGUGGAUGGGGACCUGACAGGUAAUUUGAAGGCAUCUGGGGACAUCUGACUUUAAGUCUAGCUCAGAGCCACAUGCAAAAGCACCUUUAAUAAAUAGUCACUAUUUUA